AUGAUUAUUAUUGAUACAAGUGGUAGUGUACAUGGCCAAGCACUUCAGUUGAUUAAAGUUGCAGUAAAAUCUCUUUUAGACACAUUGGGAGAAAAUGAUUUUGUCAAUAUUGCACACUUUUCAAAAGAAGCCCAGUUUGUUAGCUGCUUCAAUGAUACAUUUGUACAAGCAAAUUACAGAAACAAAAAGAUACUCACAAAAGCAGUAGAAAAUUUAACAGCACAAGACAUGGCUAAUUUUAAAGUGGGCUUUGAGUUUGCAUUUUUGCAAUUUGAAAAGUUUCGGAACAUGUCAAAACAGAAUGGAGUUGGAGCCCAAUGCAAUGAAGUGAUUAUGCUGCUUACAGAUGGAGGAACAGACAAUGCCAAAGAAGUUUUUGAGAAAUACAAUUGGUCUAAAAAUAAGACAGUUCGAGUGUUUACAUAUGCUGUAGGACCAACAGCAAACCCCACUUCUGCAAUCAGGUGGAUGGCAUGUGGUAAUCGAGGGUUUUUUUCACAGAUACCUGCCAUGGGUGCAAUACGUUCAAAAGUCCAGCACUAUAUAGGAGUUCUGGCCCGACCUUUGGCCCUUAAUCAUUCCGAGUACAUCAAGUGGGCCGGGGUCUACCAGGAUAGCCAUGGAUUAGGUAUGAUGACAACAGUCACACUUCCUGUAUACAACAGAACAGCGGGCGCAAACAACCAAACAAUAUUAGGUGUUAUGGGUGUGGACAUAACCACUGAUGACAUGCUGAAAAAGAUACGAAGACAUCAGCUUGGUCCAACUGGGUAUGCCUUUGCCAUCAAUCGUAAUGGUUAUGUGGUUUUCCAUCCUAACUUAAAGAUUCCAAAAGAUUGGAAUAAAGAUCCUCCAAAUGUGGACUUUCUAGAAGUUGAAGUAGAAAAUGAAGAUAAAGAAUUGUUGCGGCGUCGAAUGAUAGAUGGAGAAACAAGUACUGUUAAAAUCAGAACAUUUGUUGUAUCUCCAGAAGGGAACCAUGUAUGGAUAGAAAACAGAACAUAUUCAUUUACUCCAAUCAAUGAAACCUCCUUCAGCCUUUGUGUGACAGUUCCAACAGACUUAAAAAGCUAUAUGCAACCUUUAGGAAUUACCGAAAUUGAAGGUAAAAGUCUGUUGCGUUCUAAUCUGUCUGCUAUGUUGGUUGCACCUUGGGAUUAUUACAAUGGUUACACACAAGAGAUAAAUAUCACCAUGACAACAGAUGAUCUGAUUAAUGUUUUGGAUAAUUCUGACUAUAAAUUUGAUACUCAUCUGAUGCAAUUAUUAUACUGGGAUGCCAACAUCACUAAAAAGAUGGAACUUUACUGGAAUGAUGUUGACAAGAUUAAUUCAUUCAAGUUUGUAUCAUUUACUUUUCUUUUCUUAAUUACUAUCUGA